AUGUCACAGCCGCCUCUUUUAUGGGAAACUCUUACUACUACUCCGUGAGGAACAAAGACAUUGGAAAAUCCUAAUUUUUAAUAUAAAACAUGAAAAAAUAAGUGAUAAUUAGUAUAAUGAAAUCUCUAACUAAUUCUGCUUAAUUUUUAAACAAAUUUUAUAAAUCAAAUUAAAAGUAAAAGAAAAGGGAUUUUUUUAAAUUUCGAAAAAAUACUUAACGCCUCUUCGAAUUAAAUAGUUUUAUUCGCUCACGGGAGGAGUUAAGAAUCGCUUGCAUCCUUCAGAAAUUGAAGAAAGUUUGAGGGUUCUUGGUGAAGAAAAAAUCGAGAGAAACCAAAGUGUAGCUAAUGAGAUUGCUCUUUUAUUAUGCUAAUUAGGCUAAAUAUAGCUAUAAAAUAAAAAGCUUAUUUUAAUUUAUAUAAAAAAUAAGGCCUUGGCAAAGCUAGAGCAAAAAAAAAUUUUUUAAAAUCCCGUAUAGAGCUUUUCAUUGAAAUCCCUGACAAAAGUUUGUAUUUUUCAGAUUAUCAAAAAAACAUCGACAUAUAUCUUAAUCAGCUUUCCAAAAAAGCGAAAGACUUAGGGGUGGAUUUAUUAAAUAUAGUCCCGCUUUCAACACCACGAGAUAAAGAAGUUUUUGACUUUUUAACUUCUCCCUGUUCCUCAAGACCUCAAACAGCAACUACAACGGAUAUUUCAAUAUCAUAUUCAGGGGUAGGUCUAAUAAUGCACUUUUAAUAGUAUAAAUUGGUCGAUCAUUUUUAAAUAGUGUAUUAUUGAGCAGAAAUCUACUAUUUAAUUUUUAAAUAGUGUAUUAUUGAGCAGAAAUCUCAAUUUUCCAGAUAAAUAUCUCGGAAAAAUUUUCCCUAGGAAAUUUGACAUGGAGCCUAUUCAGAGCAAGAAAUCCUACCAGCUCAUAUCGAUAUUUUUUUCAUAGAAGACCACGUAAAGCAGUUUCAUGAAGCUUUCGACCAGGAGUAUACAUUUUUGCUGCAGCGAGCCAAAGAUAUCCAAGAAGAUCUCAUAAAACAGACUUCGACGCCAACUCCAAACGAAAUUAAAAAAUUUUCAAAAAAACUGGAAACUGCUGUUAUCAGCGACAUUCAUCCAGAAAUGUUUAAGAGAUCAAAAGGAGUUGAAAUAGAAGAGACCAAAAAAGAAGAAAGUUUUAAGCUAGAAAAAGGGAUUGAGCUGGAUUUUGAAAUCCCUAUUGAGGAGUCAAAACCACAGUCUUGCAAGCCUAGAAUCCGAGUUAUCAAAAAACCAUCAAGACCUUCAACACCUGUACAAGUAGAAGUUGCCACAAAAGAGCCUCCACAAAGUCGAGGAAAACUGGCAAGAAGGCUAAGAGGGAUUGUAAAUGACCACAAGGACUGCAUCCUUUAA